UGAAGCCGUCCCCGCUCUUUCCAUGUCGAGAUUGGAGGUCGCUGUGAUGCCCAUGCACCUCGCCAAUCCGCCUUGUUCUUUGGGGUUUGUUUAUGGUACCCUGAAGCAGGGAUUUUCUAAUCACUGGUUAAUCGAGGAUGCAGUUGGGGAGGGUCACGCCCAGUUCAUCGGCGUUGGGAAGACGAAACAACAGUAUCCACUUGUCUGAGGUCCGUUUCAAGUCCCGUUCCUGCUUAACAUCCCUUCGUCAGGACUUCAAGUGAAGGGUGAGCUGUAUGCGGUUGAUCAAACUGCUCUGGAGUUGCUGGAUGAGCUAGAAGGUGUGUCGAAGGGGCAUUAUGAGCGCUGACCUCUUGUCUUGACGAACUUACAAUCUCUAGACCAUGAUUGCUAACCGAAUUCUAAAAUUUUGGCAGAAGCAUACUUUGCCCACUUAUCACUGCAACGCGGUCUCUCUAGUGUGCCUCAUAUCGAGGCAUACUCAAAGAGAGAAAUGGCUACCUAGGUCUAUAGAAAGGACCGGCCUAAGGAUUGCACGUUCUUGGAGCACUUCAAUAAUUGGAUUGACUCCCAUGGGCCUCUGUUUUACAUUCGCGUGUGAGCAUAGUGUAUCCAUAGCUUUUAUUAGAAUCAAGACUCAAUUUUGAACGUAGUUGAUCUGAUUCUAUUUUGGUCAGUUCAGAGCAAAUCCAACAGUGCAUAUCUCGAAGACAGUUGUUCCCUCUCUCUCUCUCUCUCUCUCUCUAUGUAUAUAUAUAUAUAUAUAUAUAUAGAUAUAUAUAUAUAUAUAUAUAUAUAUAUAUAUUAAGUUCUUACAUUGCCAAACUUACAGUCCAAAGUGUUGAAGCAACAGAUCCACUGUGCAACCUCCGCUGCUGUAGCUUCCGAAGGUAACAACAUUGCGAAACUAGGACGAGGCGUGUUGGUUCUGAGCCGGUCUGGUGAAUCCUUUUCAAACUGGAGCUACUCAUCUAACGUUGGUCAAUUUUGAAGGUCAAGCGAGAUAAGCCUCAAUAGAAUGAGUAGGACUGUUGAAAUAGCAAACCAUAGAAAAGCAUCCAUCGGCAUAAAUUUUGACCAGAGUGAAGGAAAUUGAGAGGUUGCAGUGGUGUUGUAAGUCUCAAGUGUUGGCGACAUUUGUUACUCGGAAGUUCAGAGAAUGUACACCUUUUUGUAUUAUGCAGCAUAAUACAAACCAAUGACAAAUAAUAAGAGCCUGAAAUCUUUCAAGAAA